AUGAAGGCUGCACGGGAGGCAUACAGCAAACUCUCUCAAGAGCGAGUAAACAAACAAACGGUGGACCCGCAGCAAAUGGUAACUACUUCUAGCGGUAACCAUGAUGUUAAGAAGGAAUUCGAUACACAAAGUAAACCUUCGACGAGAAGGUCUUCAAAACCGUUGACUGCAGCCCAUCUCAAAUCAGUUUUGAACUCUUCACCUUCACGUUACCGGAACGAUUAUCGGGCGGCAGCAACGACGAGAAUUAAGAAACAUAAGGAUGAACAUCAA